AUGACCCCGUCUGCCCAAAGCGGCGCCAGCAGCCCGCUCAUUGCUGGGGCGUCACCAAUGCAGAGCGACGGAUUGCAGAAUCUGUCCGACGAUGAACUGGCAACCUCGAAUCUGUUGCACUAUUUCCCUGCCCCGGACGACCUGCAAAGCCUGACAAGCCUCGGACCCGGCCAGCAGAAGGCCUUCUUGAAUCCGCAGGAGCUCAUCGCCAACGUUGGCUUCCCCGACUCACCGAACGGCUCGUUACCGGACUCUUCCUCGGACUCUACCGCAUCCAUUCAGAGGACAGGAAGCGCCACGUCCACACAGACGCCAGUAAUGACAGGCAUGACAACGACCGACGAGUUGGACGACGGCAUGGAUUGGAGAAACCGGCAUAUGCCCGGCUCCAACGACAAUGACUCAGCCUUGCCGUUUGUUCGUCAAGAUGAAUCCUUGAAUCUCAUGUUUCCUAGCAUUGACAAUGACGGCGAGGAUGCCCUCAUGAACCAGUUUAACUUUCCAUCAGCUUUUCCAAGAAGUUUCGAUACCAUGCCCAGCAGCCACAUGAACAUAUCUUCCCCCAGCAUACCCAGCACCGAGACCAACAGCUCGGCCAACGUGGAUCUACCGAAUGGGCAUCAGCAGAACAAUUCGUAUUCAGCCGCAUCCGCAGGAGGACAAGCCAGAGAGGCGUCGCGAGAAUUGUCGCCAAUGUCGAGCAUGGUCGCCAGCCAUGGUGGAUCGCCAGCGGGCGCCGUAUUCAAUAUUCCCUCUCCGUCUGGUCCCAGGUGGACGGCAUUGCUGAACUCUCCGCCGAGCAUCUCGGACACACUGUCCAGCAAUCCCAAUUUCCAAAUGCCAUUCAUUCAACCUCCUGUAUCACGCUUCAAUAAUGACAACACCCCUUUUAACGAAAAUGUAAACAACAUCGGCUUCUUCGACGGCUUCCGCGGGCACGACACUACCACCAGCAUUACCAAACCCGCCACAUAUAAUUUUACCCGGGGAUACGAGCUCAAAAUCUACCCGACACCCACCAAGUCUCGCGUGGAGACGCAGAUUCCCAUAAAGAUGGCACUGAAUCCGCUCCCACCAGGCAUCACCAAAUUGCAUUUGCCACCCCACACAAUUUCCAAACCCAAGCUCAUGGCGAAGCCCGCCGCGCAGAGGUCUCCCGACACCCUCGAACUUUUCGUCAGCUUAGUUUGCACUAGCGCCAUGGAGCAGAAAGAGGCGAGAGAGAGGGCUUUGGAGAGGGCCGCUACGAAUCCUCAGGACUACCUCCCGGAUCUGGAUGAUGACGAAAACUCUCCACAGCGUGGAGGCGAAGUUCGCAUUUGCGCUGGUUGUAUUACAAGAGAGCGCAAGAGAGCGGCGAGGAAGAAGGUCAAAAAACCUGAGGAAGAUAGAUUGUGGAGCGCGGAUGAGCAUCGCCGUGUCGUUGUUUUCAACACCUCGGAGAUCAAGGACUGGCAGCCCAUCAGUGCUCUAGACAAUAAUGGCCGGCCAGAACAGAGCCGACACGCUCGCGCCAUGCAAGUUGACGCGCCUAUGCGAAUCGCCUGCUACUGCCGCCAUCACAACGAAAAGGCGGGCUUUAACGUCAUAUUCACCAUCAAAGACUGGAAGGACAAGGUCAUUGCGCAGGCCAUGUCGAAACCCAUCAUGAUUACAGAUGAUCACAAGACCAACUCAACGACGCAGCCGGCAAUGUCAGAACCGGUUUCGAGCUCUGCGCUGCAGCAGUCCAUGGAUGUAGACAAUAAUCUGGCGAUGCAAACACAGUCGGGCUCUCCCAUGGCAUUUUCCCCUAAUGGCCAGGCUGCCUCCUACGGACCACCAUCCAGCAACGCCGCUGUAGGAGUGCCUGGGCGCCCCCUAUCACGGCCUCCUUCGCCUAACCAGGGCGGGCCUGCUAAGAAGAGAAAAUCGAGUGCUUCUGGCAGGGUUCCCAAUGGCUUAGCCAUGACACGUAUGGAUGUCGCGCAAAACAUGCCCGCUCAGAACCAUAUAAGCCAGCACGUUUCCGCCGCAACCUCGCCCUUCUCACCUAAUCCACACUCUUUCCCGACGCCCGAGGCAAUCUUUGGCACCAUGGUCAACCCCCAAGCCCCGUUUACGAAUGGAUCUACCACGCCCAACGGCAACGAACAAGUCCCAUUAUUCGGCAGUAGACGCUCCGAGAGCAUGGAUAAUGUGUCCAUGGCCCAGCUUUAUUCUGCCCCGACAUCUGGCCAUCCUAGCCGUGCUCCUAGUCCAAGCGGGCUCCGGAAUAGUGUCAACUCUGCGGCGCUUUUCCCACAGCCCAUUGGCCGUAGCCUCUAUGCGAUGCCCCCUGCCUCAGUAAACGAGCAGCUGGCAAUACCCAUCAUCCACAAGGUUAUCCCCAACGAGGGCCCCAAGGUUGGCGGCAUCGAGGUUACCGUGAUUGGAGCUUCGUUUGUCCAAGGACACGAGGUUUGGUUCGGCGGCGCCAAGGCUAUUACCACUACCUUUUGGGGACCGCAGGCGCUCGUGUGCCUCGUGCCUCCUUCUGCGGUUGCGGGCUCCGUGCCCGUAACGAUUGGGCGACAAGAAGCACUCGCUUACACUCAGCCUCAGAUGUUCAAAUAUAUCGACGAUACCGAAGACAAAUUGAUCCGUACCGCUCUUGCUGUACUGGGCCACAAGAUGUCCGGCCGGGUUGUCGACGUGAAUGAGCUUGCACACAGGAUUCUAAACAAUGGCGGCCCAGGCUGGGGCAAUGGGCCAUCUUCUGGUGGCUCAACAAACAGUGGCUCCGGCUCCGGCUCCGGCCCCGGCUCUGUAUAUCACCAGGCGGCGCCGAACGAGACACACCUGGAAUCUCAGCUUCUCAAAGUUCUUGACCUCAUCGAUCUGGAUGAGAGCCCUCAUAGGGCGCAACUGGACCUGAAGGGAUCGUCUGGCCAUACCAUGCUGCAUUUAGCCUGCUCCCAAGGUUAUCACCGCCUGGUUGCUGCUCUCCUCGCCCGUGGCGCAAGCCCUUAUGUCCGCGAUAGAGGUGGCUUCACUCCCUUGCAUUUCGCCGCUCUCUAUAAUCACCCAGAAAUCGCACGACGACUGCUGCUUGCCCGAGCCGACCCGACAAUGCGAAGCUUAUCGAGCCUUACUGCCAUCGACGUAGCUCAGUCGAGAGCCGUUAUUCGCACCAUUCGUAGCACGCAAAGGCACAACCGCUCUCGCAGCGGAGGAUCUCUUCGGAGCACUUCUAGCAGCGCCGCUUCUCUGCGCUCGCUGUGGGAGCCAUUGACUAGAGCUCAAACUCACGAAGAACCCAUCUCUGUGGAUCCUAGCGAGGAGAGCCCCGAAUACACAACUGAUGACUUUGAAGACGAAGACUCUGACGAUAAUGACAUCCUCCAGAUGAGGCGACCAAGCGGCAUCGCACUGGACCAGGGCGUUGUGCUAGAAGAAGUUGCUGGUGCUGUUGUCGAUGAUGCUAAUAACAGUGUAGCAGCGCAGACCACAGCAUUGGCGGCUGCACUUAAGAACCAGGUUCAAGAGCAGCUUCAGCAGUUCCAACAACAGCUUUCCCAGCAGCUCCAGAAUUUUACACACCUCCCUCAGAUUCCUCAAAUGCCACAGAUGCCACAGAUGCCAACGUUUGCCGGUAUGCAAGCUCUGCCCGACUACCAGGCCUACCUUCAGCAAGCGCCUUUUAUCCGCAGGGUACAGCAAUUGAUGCCCAACAUGACCGGUAACCGCCCAGAUAACCAAGGCGACAAUGAGCCAAAGGUAGAUGGUCGUUGGUGGGAUCUCUCGUCGUACAUGAAUGGUGCAUCGGCGGCACCUCCUGCCUAUGCAGACAUUUAUCCCGAAGCGGACAGGGACAGGAAGAUUCAGUCGGCAGCUCGAGCGGCUCUUGAAGCAGAGGCUGACUUGAAAUACUCGAAACUAUACGACCACCAGCAGCAGCAGUCAUCAGUGACUGUUGCCAAGCAGUCUCUCACUACGACCGGAGCUUCAGUUGCGACUUCAGCUGGGCGCAGUACCGAGAUUCCGGAGAUUCUUGAGAUUGGACGCAAGCAUGCCAUCACCAAGGAGCAACAAGAAAACUUUUUGCGGGCUCGGGAGCAAAAGCUAAAGAAGAUUAGCAACGAUCGAAACCUCUUCUUCAUUUGGAUCCCUCUUCUCCUUGCUAUGAUCUGCGCGCUGCUUUAUAACUGGUUCCCUGGGCUUUUUGUUCUAAUCUGGGACACUAUCCGGGCUAUUGUUGUAGCCGGACGUACUUUUGCCUCGCGCACUAUCCGCGAUCGAUCUGCUCAUGAAAUUCACGCUGGCCUAACAUGA